GAAUUUACAAAUGCAGAUGUUGGAAGUUUAUUCCUUAGAACCCCAUGUUUACAAAUUAUAAAUAUCCCAUACACCUGUUGAUCUGUGGAUUUUCUUACGACUCAACAAAAUAGCCUGUUCCACAUCUCAAUCUUCCAGUAAACUUGCAGUUUUUCUGUGAAUAGCCUUUUCAUGUUUUAAUUUGCUGUAGCAUUUUUUCAUUUUUCCUUAAAACCAGAGGAUUUUAACCUUGAAAAUGCUGGAUAAUAGAUUCCUGGAUGAAGCUCCAUCAUACGAGGACCAAUUAUCAGAAGAUGAGAUCGAGGAUGUGGGAAAUGCUGUUGAACUCUCUCUUCAAGAAUCGGAGGGAAAACAAAUAUACAUGGGUGAUGAGGAGUCAUCCCAGGUUGAUGAGGCAGAAGAACUUGCAAAAGCAUUGGAACAAAGCAUAAUAUCUUCUAAAGAGUCGAGCACCAGUACUGGAUGCAGAGGACUGAAAUGGUGGAAGGUUUUCAAGGAGUAUAAGCCAUUUGGACAUACAUCAAAGGGCACUUCUUCGCUGAGCAAAAGUAGGCAGCGGCGAAAUAUUACUAUUUGUGAUGUUUGUGAGGAACAGAUUCGCUCGGCGUGGUUAAGGUGUUACUGGGGCCAGACAUACUGUGAAAAGCAUAUAUCUGAUGGAACUCCUACAUGCUGUAGCUGCUACAGACUCAAGUUAGGAGAUAUGAAAUAUAUCACUCUGAGUGAUGGUCGGAAACUUUGCCCUGACUGUCGUCAUACGGCCGUGAUGGAUCCUGAAGAAUGUAAGCCCCUUCUUAAUGAAGUGCAUAGAUUUUUCAAAGGAUUAAACAUGGAAAUCAGAUGCUACAUUCCAGUUCUGUUAGUUGAUGAAGAAGAGAUGAUCAGAAUCUUUAACAAGAGAGCACUUGGCCUGACUACUUUUGAGCGUUACCGAUUUGAGGCCGGAACUUAUGUGACAAGAUCAAUACAAAAGGGUGACGAUGUUGAAGUGGUAAAAGGCGUAUAUCACCUGCUCCCAGGACACAGAGUGACAUCAAUCCAGCUUCUAUAUGGCUAUCCCAAGUUGGCCUUGGGAGCAACCUUGGCUCAUGAAAUGAUGCACGCUUGGAUGCAGAUUCAAGGCUACAGAGGAGGAAUACCACUACAUAUUGAAGAAGGUAUUUGUGAAGUUAUGUCUCACAAGUGGAUAGAAUGGCAUGCUUUUGUUGGUGAUGAGUUUAUGAAUGGUACAAGUGAAGAAGCUCAAUUCUUGAGACAUUUGAAAGAGUAUCUGAAAGACCAUAUAGAAAAAAAUUAUAACGAGAUCUAUGGUCAUGGAUUCAGAGAGGUGAAAUGGGCUGUUGAGCGAUAUGGUCUAAGAUACACAAUGAAGCAUAUAGUGAAUACAGGCAAUUUACCACAGUGACUUGCUCUCUCAAUUCUUUUUUGACCAGUGUCCAACUGUAAUUUUAACUCAAGUUAAUGCACGAUAGAAAUGAUUUUUUUACUACCAUAGUUCAAUGGUAAACCACCUAUAAAAUUCAA